AUGGUACCUGCACGAACUGUCCUUUGCACAGACUGUCCCCAUUCACGGUACCUGCACGGACCAUCCCCAUUCACGGUACCUGCACGGGCUGUCCCCAUUCACGGUACCUGCACGGGCUGUCCCCAUUCACGGUACCUGCACGGGCUGUCCCCAUUCACGGUACCUGCACGGGCUGUCCCCAUUCACGGUACCUGCUCGGGCUGUCCCCAUUCACGGUACCUGCACGGGCUGUCCCCAUUCACGGUACCUGCUCGGACCGUCCCCUUUCACGGUACCUGCAAGGGCCGUCCCCAUUCAUGGUACCUGCACGGACCGUCCCCAUUCAAGGUACCUGCACGGGCAGUCCCCAUUCACGGUACCUCCACGGGCCGUCCCCAUUCACGGAACCUGCACGGACCGUCCCCUUUCACGGUACCUGCAAGGGCCAUCCCCAUUCAUGGUACCUGCACGGACCGUCCCCAUUCAAGGUACCUGCACGGACCGUCCCUAUUCACGGUACCUGCACGGACCGUCCCCAUUCACGGUACCUGCACGGGCCGUCCCCAUUCACGGUACCUGCACGGACCGUCCCCAUUCACGGUACCUGCACGGGCCGUCCCCAUUCACGGUACCUGCACGGGCCGUCCCCAUUCACGGCACCUUCACGGGCCGUCCCCAUUCAUGGUACCUACACGGGCCGUCCCCAUUCACGGUACCUGCACGGACCGUCCCCACCUAUGGUACCUGCACUAA